CACAGCUAUACCAUGAUGUUGCCUUCGGCGCUUGAAAUAACUCGCCGAGCAUAAGGCUCGGCGAAAAUUGCGACACCCCGCGCAGCAGUCACUACUCAUCUGACGUGUCCAGUCAUCCCAGAUGUAUCAUAUCUCCAAGUUCUCUUGAAACGAAAAUUGUACCAUCUACAACACUAUGGCCGCCAAGUUUGUUAUCAAGUCUUUAGACCACCUGGUCUUGACAGUCCGGUCCAUCCCCGCCUCCGUCGCAUUCUAUACAAGCCACCUGGGGAUGAAACAUGAAGUCUUCUCUUCACCUAGCAGUCCAGACAUUCAACGACAUGCCCUUCUCUUCGGGUCCCAGAAAAUCAACCUGCACGAGAGCGGGAAGGAAUUCGAACCUAAAGCCCAGAAUGUCAUGCCAGGAAGCGCAGACCUCUGCUUUCUGACGGACACUAAAGUGGAGAAUGUUCUGAAAGCACUCGAGGAAGCUAAGUUCGACGUCCUCGAAGGUAACAAAGUCGUGGAACGCACGGGUGCGGUGGGGAAGAUCCGGAGCGUUUAUGUGCGCGAUCCGGAUGGCAACUUGAUUGAAAUAUCAAACUACUGCUGAGAUGGAGAGGGCUGAUAUUUCCUAGCAGUAGGAGCAGAGGUGUAUUAGCUGCUGACAGCCUGGGGAUUUAUGCACAUGCGUUUGCUUAGUCAUGUGAUGUAUUAAGUUACAGCCCGCUAUUGUGCAUACAUUUGAAAUUGUUGACAAUUUCCCUUUCUUUGUUCCAUUUGAAUGUAGUUUUCACAUCAAAAUCUUACUGUAACUAGCAGGAUGAUGAACAUCGCUUAAAAUGCCACUUU